CGCCGGAAGAAGGCGACAAUGCCCAUUUCUCUACUCUGUCCUGAUUGCACACAGCUACCUCGGUGCAUUUUUGUGCGCCCUCUCCUUUUUAUUUCUUCAUACAGGGAACAUAAUAGGGUCCUUUUACAGAACCCUGUCGCCUUCUCGGCUUCCCCACAACCUGUCCUAUUACCAUAGCAACGUCCGGGAAUCGUCGACGGCUUGACCCAUGCAUUGCAGUCCUUGGCCCCAGUGCACCGGCUCCGGCUUCAGCCAUGUCGGACAAGAAUACAGCGGCUGGCGGCGGUGACAGAGCGAGAGGCGAACCGGCAGAAGAUGUGCUGGUUGAGGAGAACCAAAGUGGUUCUGUGUCGUUGCCCAGCCUGAUGACCCCCUCCUCAGCUGCUUGCAUGUCCUUGAGCAUGGAGAUGCCCCGGAAGCGCAAGGGCAGCUUGGACAACCAGGAUACAAAAUCUUCUUCCAUCCCUGACGCAGACGACCAAAACAGGUCAGAUGGAGAGGACCAAAAUGUCAAAAUGAAAUGUUUCAGGGAACCGCACAGCCAAAUUGAGAAGAGAAGACGGGACAAAAUGAACAAUCUUAUUGACAAACUGUCAGCCAUGAUCCCUUCCUGUAACCCCAUGUCUCGUAAGCUGGACAAACUCACUGUGCUCAGAAUGGCUGUGCAGCACCUCAAAUCUCUCAAAGGUUCAGCAAGUUCUUUUUCUGAAGGAAACUUCAAACCGUCAUUCCUACCCGACGAGGAGCUCAAACACCUUGUCCUCAAGGCUGCAGAUGGGUUCCUGUUUGUAGUGGGCUGUGAUCGUGGGAAAAUAGUUUUUGUCUCAGAGUCCGUCACGAAGAUAUUAAAUUAUAGUCGGGCAGAGCUGAUUGGACAGAGCCUGUUUGAUUACAUACACCCAAAGGACAUGGGAAAAGUGAAGGAACAGCUGUCCGCUUCUGAAUUAUACCCUCGUGAACGGCUAAUAGAUGCUAAAACUGGUCUGCAGGUCCAGGCUGACGUCCCAGUUGGUGCAGCACAACUGUGUUCGGGCGCACGCCGCACAUUCUUCUGCCGAAUGAAGUACAAUAAAAUUUCUAUCAAGGUGGAGGAUAAGGAAUUCCAAGCCAGCACCUCCAAAAAGAAAGAGUCCCAGAAGUACUGCACGGUCCACUGUACAGGCUACAUGCGCAGCUGGCCUAACAGUCAUUCGGAAGUGGAUGGGGGUGGGGAGCCAGACAAGCAGGAUAGCUCCUACUACAGCUGCCUGGUGGCGGUGGGACGCAUCCACUCCCACUCAUCUCCCCAGGUUAAUGGAGAGGUCCGAGUUAAACCCAUAGAGUUCAUCACACGCUAUGCAAUGGACGGAAAAUUCACCUUUGUCGAUCAAAGAGCAACAACGAUUCUUGGUUAUCUUCCCCAAGAAUUGCUUGGGACAUCAUGCUAUGAGUACUUCCAUCAAGACGACUUACCACAUUUAGCUGACAGACAUCGAAAAGUGCUGCGGAGUAAAGACAAAAUAGAGACAGACUGCUAUAAGUUUAAAACUAAAUUUGGUUCCUUCGUCACUCUGCAAAGUCAGUGGUUUAGUUUUGUCAAUCCCUGGACCAAAGAAGUAGAAUACAUAGUAUCAACUAACACAGUUAUAUCGUAUUAUCCUAGUCGAACCAGUCGGUCGGAACUGUCGAGCAAUUCCAAGAAUUCAGAAGAAGAUGGCAACAAGUCCCUUCAAGUUAUACCAGGCAUCUCCACCACACCUGGAGCUAUGAUUUACGCUGGAAGCAUAGGGACCCAGAUUGCCAAUGAACUGUUGGAUUUCAACAGGAUGAACUCCUCAUCUUCCAGUGGGAGCAUCAGCCCGUUCAGUCUACCGCAGGAUAAGUCUCCACUAACUCCCAAUCAAAUCAGCAAUAAUGUGCCAAAUGGAGGGGCUACAGACAUGGAGAUUCCAGGAAAGUCCAGCUCAGAGGAUGAGCCCCAAGGAGCUGCGUUCUCAGGAGGAGAAUCCCUCAUGGUAGAGAAUUCCCAGCUGGAUUUGGACAGCAUGGUUGGACCGGGCCUUAGCAGUCUUAGCAAUGACGAAGCAGCCAUGGCAGUGAUCAUGAGCCUCCUGGAGACGGACACAAACUUGGGCGAAGCUGUGGACGUUGAAGAGAUGCACUGGUCUUCAUAGAAUCUGCUCUAAUGGUGUGAUGUUGUUGCACACGGAAAAACACUCAGCCAUUAUUUUUGUGUUGACAACUGUUUAAAUGCUUGCUCUUACUUAGGAAAGCAUUCUUUUUAGUUACAGGACCUUUUUUAUUUAUUAGAAACCUUUUUCCGCAUAAGCUGUGUGGUCUUCUUGUGGCUCCUCUUACAGGGAGUGGGAUCAAAGACAAAAAAGGGACACCUGCUUUCCUUCUUCAGGAGGAUGAUGUGCCUCUAAAGCCUUACAGCGGCCGACUGCCCCGAAACGUUGGUCCUCACUGCUCUCCUUACUCCUCUACUGUCAUCCUCUGUUUAGCUGAAGAGGCCUCACAAGGUGACUUGUGUUGCGAUGGCUCUGGAUUUUCUCCUUCACCUACAUUUGAACGAAGGUUGGGAGUGACAAUGCAAAAGAAAUUUGCACUGAAUUUGAUCUUUUAGUUAGGUACUGUAUGUUUUAAUUAUGCUGGGGAUGACACCUUAACAACCUGGCCGUCUCUCUAACCCCUCAGGAUCCAAGCUGUAGGUACCCAGUGUACCACGGCAGACCACACUUCCAUAACCUCUAACUUUGAGAGUCACCUAAUAGUGUGCCACUCAGAGAUUUUCUCUUGUCGGUAUCUGAACAUUUUUCACAGAAACAGUCGAACAGUUCCUCUCUCGUACAUUGACUUGAACAUUGUAUCUAUGGGUGGAUUUGGUAUGGUUGCAAACACCAUGUCUUCAAGCCAUAUCUGUCUUAAAGGGAUACUUUGCCUAGGAAGAAUAUUUUAGUUUUUUGGUAUAUACUUCUAUUGAAAUUUAGUACAAAAAUAUUGGCUGCCCUGAAAUUUAAUGUGCCCUGGCUCGAAUCAUUU